GUCAACACCCAGCGUCGAGGUAAGUUCGCAGAAGCUAGACUCUCUUUAUUCCACCUCAAUUAUCCAUUCUGGUCAAUCGUAAUUCGACUCUCAUGCUCGCAAUUGACUAACCCACAUCCUUUUAGCAUCACAACCUUCACGAUGGCCUCUCGACCGACUGUCACCAUCAUCGGCAAGGACGGUUCUCCCUCGGGAGCUACCCAUACCAUUCCUACCGUGUUUGCCUCCCCGAUCCGUCCUGAUAUCGUUCAGCAAGUCCAUACUGGAAUGGCUAAGAACAAGCGACAGCCGUAUGCUGUGAGCGAGAAGGCUGGCCACCAAACCUCUGCCGAAUCUUGGGGAACUGGUCGUGCCGUUGCCCGUAUUCCCCGUGUCUCUGGUGGUGGUACCCACCGUGCCGGUCAGGCUGCCUUCGGUAACAUGUGUCGUUCCGGUCGCAUGUUCGCCCCUACCAAGAUUUGGCGAAAGUGGCACAUCAAGAUCAACCAGGGCCAGAAGCGAUUCGCUACUGCCUCUGCUCUUGCCGCUUCCGCUGUCCCCCCUCUACUGCUCGCCCGCGGUCACCAGAUCUCUUCCGUCCCGGAAGUUCCUCUCGUUAUCGACUCGGCUGCUUUCGAGGGUGGUGCUGCUGCCAAGACUGCCGGUGCCCUCGCCAUCUUGAACGCCGUUGGUGCCGCUGCCGACAUUGAGAAGGCUAAGAAGACGAAGAAGCUGCGCGCUGGUAAGGGUAAGCUAAGAGGCCGCCGCCACCGCCAGCGACGUGGACCUUUGGUUAUCUACGACCCCGAGGUUGAUGGCAAGGAGAUUGUCACUGGUACCCGCAACCUUCCUGGUGUCGAGACCAGCUCUGUCUACGCGCUGAACCUCCUCCAGCUCGCCCCUGGUGGUCACCUCGGACGAUUCAUCGUCUGGACCUCGGCCGCUUUUAAGGCCCUCGACAAGAUCUACGGCACCACUACCAAGCCUUCAGAGCUGAAGAAGGACUUCCUUCUACCUUCCAACCUAGUGUCCCAGUCUGAUCUGAGCCGUCUGAUCAACAGCUCCGAAAUCCAGAGCGUCCUCAACGCCCCUAAGGGUGGUCCCUUGACCAAGCGCGCUGCUGUGCAGAAGAACCCUCUACGCAACAAGCAAGUCCUAUUACGCUUCAACCCUUACCACGCUACCUUCGUCAAGGACAAGGUUGGUCAGCAGAAGGCAGAGGCCGGCAAGCCCCCUAAGCCCCCCAAGACUUUCCUGGAAGUCCUCCGUGAGGAUUAGAUUAGACUCGCUUGGUGAGCAGCGUAGUCUAGGGGAUGGGAAACGGUAAAUCGGUUGCAAUAUUCACGGCGUACUGGAUCAUAGGGACUGAUGAAUCAAUCAAUGACAUUCUUAUUAUGAUCGCUACUUCCCACCUCGUUGGUGAUCGUCUAUGCAUCAUAGCAAGCCCCUCAAGGGUAAUCUAUCAAGCUUGUUCUUUAA